AUGUCCCAUGUCUUUUCGCAGCAGCCCUUCUAUCACAACGAGCACAACUCCCCCUGGCCACUCUACUUUCCACCCUCCUACGCCUUUCGCACUUCUCCCAAUCGCGACCCAUCCCCUGCAUCAGACUAUGCCUCCGACCCCGCUCCAUCCACAUCUCCCACCUCCGCCUCUGUGCCCGCCCCCGUGCCCGUCUCCCAUCCAGCAGUCAAAAUCGAACCCGACGACCCAGACACCCGCUUCAUCAUCGAGCUCUCCUCCCUCUACCCCUCCCCCUCCCCCUCCCUCCCCCUCUCCCACCCUGCAUCCCCCUACCAACAUCAACACAACCACCAACAACCAUGCUCCUCCCUGCACACCCUCGCCCCACCCACAGAGGUCCCCCUGCGCGCCACCCAAGCAAGCAAAGAGAUGCGCGAGAUGAUGGGUGUAUUCCGGCUCAACCCCUUCUCCAUGCACAGUCUCAGCGUCAACUCCAACUCGACGGAAGGGAGCGAGAGCCCUGUUGGUUCAGAUGGCACCAAACACACCAACGCGGCAUGGGGCGGCGAAGCCCACCCGCUCGAGGAGGAGCCGUUGAUGUUCGAGUUCCAGCUCGAUAUCACCGGCCCAGCUCAGGAUGGAGAUGCAGCGACAGAGGACACCAUCACCACGCCCUCCUCCGCACUCACCGAGCGCAAACACGACCUCCUCCUCCCCGGCCCCAUCCCCAUCCCCGUCCACGCCCCGUUCCACCUCCGCGAGACGCCGGACCUCACACUCACCCUCACAGACCACCUGCAACUGCGCAGCUUCUCCCCCAGCUUCUCCUUGCACCCCGACGAUCCGUACGACGAUCUGUACGACGACGACGACCGCGACCGCGACAUCUCUUUGUCCAGGUGCGAUAGGAGACGAAGGUCUGUCGCGCGUGGUUCCGACGCAGGGUACCCCGAGCGGGGUAGGGAGGGAGGGAGAGACGAGCUGCAUGAGGAUGACCACGAACGCGAAGCCACCAGCGCGAGCACAGGAAUAAGCACCUCAACGACGCGCUCCGUGCACACACCAUCAUGCACCGACAGCCCGCUGCGCGCGCAUGGUGUCUACGAGCACGAGCACGACUUGGGGCACGAGCGCGAGCGCGAAUUGGGGCACGGGCACAAGCACGAGCGCGAGUUGGAACUUGAGUACGAGUAUGAGCGCGAGCACAGGUAUGAGUACAAGCUCAAGCGCGAGUACGAAUACGAGCACGAGUCGGAGCGAAAGCACGAGAGGUACAAGGGACCAAUCUCGAGCUCGAGCUCUCCCGCGUCGCCUUGGGAUGCCUCGGCCUCGGCCUCCACCUCGCACUCCUCUACAGCCUCGCACUCAUCCGUCUCCUCCGCCUCCGCCAUGCACGAGCAGUAUCAGCAGCAGCAUAGCAUGUUUGUCGACAACCAGCAUCAAGCAUUUUCCACAGGCAGCGCAGGCGCCGGUGUCGUACCAAUGCUCGGGAUAGAGUACGCGCACGCCCACCAAAAUGCACAUCCUCAUGCGCAUGCGCACGCACACCAACACCAAAACGCGCACCACCAAAACGCGCACCAGACGAAUGUAACGCUGACACCGAUGCGUAUCCAAAGACUCCACACCACCGCGUCGCAUCCGUAUUUGAGGAAGAGUUUGCAUCAUUAUCAGCAGACGCAUGGGCAUGGGCAUGGUGUUUCGCUUUCGUAUGCACAGCAGCAGCAGCAGAUCCAGUGCCAGGGUCAGAGUCAGAGUCCGAUCCAAAGCCAGAGCCAGAGCCAGAGUCCGAGUCCUAGCCAUACACAGCAGCAGCACAACCAGAGCCAGAGUCCAAGUCAGGAGUUCGCGCAACACCACCAGCAGCAGCAUUCCCAGCACCAGCAGCAUUCCCAGCACCAGCAGCAUUCCCAGCAUCUACAUCAUCAUCAUCAGCAUUCUCAUUCUCAGCAGCAGCAGCACCAGCAUAUAUUUAGCUCGGACUCCAAUGUCAACGGCGGAGGUGGGCAGUCGCAGUCGCAGUCGCAGCCGUUCAGAUACAUCAGGCGUAUGCGCGGGGAGAGCCAGAGCGAGAGUCAGGCCCACACCCAGAGCCAGAGCCAGAGUCAGGAGUUUGAGGACGGGUAUGAGAACGGGUACGAGUACGAAGAGCCGUCGUUGGGAUCUCUCGGGCUGCAGUUGCAGUUGCCUUCGCAGCUACCUUCGCAGGUGCAGAUGCCGCUUUCGUUGGGGUUGGCUUCACAGUCUGGUUUGGCUUCGCAGUCGGUGUUACCUUCCCAGGCGGGGUUACCGCUGAGGGUGUACACGCCGAGUAACGCGAGUAAUGCUGGUUCGGCUAGUCCUAGUGUCAGCGCCGGUGUCGGUGUCAGCGCUAGUGUGGGUGUGGGGGCGGGCGGUGAUGGUAGUGCGUAUUCGACCGGUUCGACGGUUGCGACUUCGACGAGUUCGACGACUGGAAUGACGGGGGCUGGGAUAGGGGCAGCGGGAGGAGGAACAGGGGCGGGGACGGGAUCAGCGGGAGGAGGAACGGGGACGGGGUCAGCUGGAACAGGGUCAGCAGCAACAACGGGAACAGCAGCAGGAGGAGGAGGAGGAGGAGGAGGAGGAGGAGGAGCGGGAACAUCAGGAACAGCAGAGACGAUCCAUAUGGGUUUGCCGUUGACUUCUGUGCAGCAAUUUCACCUGCACCAUCCGCACCAGCAUCCUCAUCCUCAUCCGCACCAGCACCACCAGCACCAGCAUCCGCACCAGCACCAUCCUCAUCCGCAUCAGCAGCAGCAGCAGCAUAACCCGCACCUCAAUCACACAUACGCACAUACACAUACACAUCCUCAUACACAUCAGCAUGCGAAUACGCAGCAUGGAAGCGUGUAUAGACGGUGGUCGUUACCCGACACAGGCAUAGGUUCGGGUUCAGGCGGGGGUGUGGGCGCUGGAGUGGGCGCUGGAGUAGGGAUCGUUGAGGGUGUGGGACAUGGCGGGAUGGGUUUAGGUCUGGGUUUGGGUUUGAAUCUAGGUCUAGGGCUGGGUUUAGUGGGUGUGGGUGUGGGUUUGGGAAGCGGUGCUGGAGGAGGAGGUGCUGGUGGGCAUGGGAAUGGGAAUGGGAGUGGUGGCGGGAAUGUCGCGUCGUUUUUGAGCAGUUAG